UUUACAGAUGUAAAUUGUGAAAUCUGCUUGUGUGAUGCCGUUCCUGAAGAAGUUGCUCAAGUUUGGGUGGUACGGCUGCGUGGCCCACUGUGUUUUCGAGUAUUGCGGCGACUUCGUCCUCUGCGAUGGACCUUCAAUGGAGCCUACGAUCCAUACUAACGACGUUGUCUUAACCGAGCAUUAUACCCCGCUCUGGAGACGACCGCAGCAAGGAGACGUUGUGAUUGUGCGUUCACCGAGGAAUCCGAAUCAGUUUAUAUGUAAACGGGUUGUUGCUGUUCCUGGGGAGAAGAUUCCUGGACAGUUGAAACACUUAGUGAAAUUUGUGUCGUCGGAAAAGGUGCCAAAAGGAAAGGUAUGGUUAGAAGGGGACAACAAGUCGAAUUCGACAGAUUCGAAAAAUUAUGGACCAGUGCCGAUUGGACUCAUUCGAGGCAGAGCCAUAGCAACAAUAUGGCCUCCAUCAGCAGUGCAAUUACUCGCCCCUGAUCUCUAUGCGUAUGACACUAAUUUGAAACCCCGUUGAAAUGAACCCGGCAUUGGAGAUUUCUUGAUUGGUGUUGCUAAAUAUAAUUUGCGAUCUUUAAUGAUUUGAAAUGAGCGCUUUCCCUUCUGUCGUUUAGUGAGUACGAAAGGCCCUACUCCAAUGUGGUGUGUCGCGAAAAACUAAUUUCGCCGCCAGUGAAUAAUUCGAGAUCGGAACAACGAGCGGAUGAUUUUCAUUGAUGUACCUGAAAGUGAUGGUCUUUUGAUAACUUCUCUAAUUUUUGCGGAAUAGACCCGGAUAAAAGUGCAACAAUUUCCGAAAGCGCGAUUUCUGAGUGGGUUGAAGCCAUCCGAUCAAUUUCAUUUUUUUUUUCGUCCAAAAGUUUAAAAUGUAAUUGUGUGCAUUACUUUGAUGGAAAUGGCGAGCACUCAAUCACACGAACUUGCAGUUUGUGUUUCUGCGUGUGUUGAAGAAGUUACAAGGCUGAUUGUCCUAGUUAUGCUUGUCUUUCAAUAGUUGUAGUUGCCAUCGUCAACCGACACGCUGUAACUAGGGCGAUGCUUCAGGGCUAGUCCAAAAAUUCUUCUUACAAAAUAAUCGUUCGAAUUUUUGACGAAAAGUAAGAUAAUUUUGGCUUUACUGAAUACGAUUGUGUCUCAGAUCGAUGCGGUCUUCGCCAAAAAUAAAUUUAGAAACUGAAAACUGUCCUUCGCUCAGUGAUAUUUUGAUACACUGACCAUAUAGUCGGGCUACUUUUUGAGGACCAUCCUUUCAAUUUUUGCUGCCAACUUAUUUUUUGAAUAUUGUAUUCAAAUUUGAGUGCAGCGUGAUUCGAUGAAAAUGUAGUCUUUGGUGAAACUAUAUGCUUUAAUUUCUUCGAUUUGGUUUUGACGGACGAUGUGAAAUCACCAGAAAAUUUCAAGUUUUCGAAGUUGAUCGCCGGACUUCUUCGGAUGACUCGUUCUGAUUGAAUUCGUUUCAGAGAAGAACAUCAGCAGAUUAACGAAGGAGUUCGCAGACUGAUCAGAAAAAUAAAAUAGUAACUUGGGAUAAAACGAAGGCCUUGUGGCAGGGUCUGUUGAAGUAACUCUCGUGAUUUGUGCGCAAGUGCGAAGGAUUCCCCGUGUGGCAGCGAAUUAACAUGUGAAGUGCUAAAAUUUUCGAUUAAUCUGUGAAUGUUCUGAAAAUUGAAAUCCCAUUUUUCAAACCUAUCGAUGAUCGUGCUGUUCCCCUGUGAAGUACACAUUUAUUCAGCAAUGAUUUGUUGCCAACAUUUCGCGCUUGUUUCGAGUGAUUUUCCGUGUUGCAGUGUAACCCAGUGUAUUUUUCAUGAUUGAAUUUUAACGUCGUGACUUAAUUUCCGCAGAGCCUCUGGUUGUUAACGUGUAUCUCGGUUCUUUGGCAGUGAUCCAAGACUGUGUGUGUGUCACGUUCGUGGUGUCUCGUGACGGAAUCGUUGGGCUAUUUUCGUAUUUGUUACGAUUUCUAAUUUUUCAGCCCGUUUUUUUUCUUUCCGUGUAUUUUAGUCGAUUCCAGUGCCAAGGAAAAUGAAUGACUAUCUCUGAAAUGGCGUUUUGAUGCGUUUCCUCGGAUCAGGAAUUAUGGUGUUCUUUGGUUCAUUCCAACUGUGCUUGUGGAAUUUUGGACGAGGCCUGGAGCAUUUUUACUUAUUGCGAUACAUUUUGAAUUUAUUUUCCGUUUCUUGCGGUAAAUUUGAUUAUUGGUGCUAUUUAAAGAUUUUGUAAGUGACUCUGGAUACAAAACAUGGAAGUGUCUCCUUACUUCUGUUAAAAUUAGAUGACAUUUUUCUUCCAUGUUGGAACGUCAGUUUACAGUUUUUGGAGUUAUAUUUCUGUAGCGUUCUGAAUAAGUGAGGAAAAUCCGCGUGCACUUUUGGAAAAACUAUGGAAGAAACGUUCUAAAAUACAUCAUACCGUGAUGAUAGAAUCAAUAAAUCAUUUGGACCGUGGUUUCGUGGGAAAAUGGAAAGGAAUAAGUAUGAUCAUCGGUAUAAACUUAGCCCGGAAGAUCUUUUUUUUAGCUCCCCG